GCUUUACUGACGGUGACUCAAACACAUACUCUGUCAGAGCAGUUUGACCGGCUCCAUCAGCUGCUCCACCAUCAGGGCCGUUGUUUAAACUCCUUCCUGCUGGCUGGAGUUUGGUGAUACUGACAGUGUGGAGAUGGAGCUGUUUCCAUGUGGAGUCCUGCUGUUGGCCUUAGCGCUUACAGGAAGCGAAGCACAAAUUGAUGUUUGCGGCACUGCUCCGCUCAACAACAGGAUCGUAGGAGGUCAGACGGCUCCUGAAGGGGCGUGGCCCUGGCAGGCCAGUCUGCACAGGUCUGGUUCACACUUCUGUGGAGGCUCCCUGAUCAACAACCAGUGGAUCCUGACUGCUGCCCACUGUUUCCAGAGCACCAGCACAUCAGGACUGAUUGUUUACCUCGGACGCCAGUCACAGGAAAGCUCUAAUCCUAAUGAGGUUUCCAGAUCAGUGUCCCAGAUAAUCAUACAUCCAAACUAUGACUCCAACACCAACGACAACGACAUAACACUGCUGCAGCUGUCCUCGACUGUUCAGUUCACCAACUACAUCAGACCCGUGUGCCUGGCAGCUCAGGGCAGCAGCUUCUCUGCUGGGACGACUGUCUGGGUCACCGGCUGGGGAGAUAUCCAGUUUGGCGUUUCUCUUCCAAACCCUCAGAGUCUGCAGGAGGUGAGCAUUCCUGUCGUGUCCAACAGUCAGUGUAACACAGACUACAGUGGUGGCAUCACAAGCAACAUGAUCUGUGCCGGCCUGACUCAGGGGGGAAAGGACUCCUGCCAGGGCGACUCUGGAGGCCCGAUGGUGAGUAAAAACAGUGCUAUUUGGGUCCAGGCUGGAGUCGUGAGUUUUGGGAAAGGCUGUGCUGAGCCCAAUUUCCCAGGAGUCUAUGCCCGAGUAUCAGAGUACCAGUCCUGGAUCAACAGCCAAAUCACGACCAACCAGCCGGGCUUCAUCGACUUUGUAGCCUCCUCCUCCUCUUCCAGUUCAGCCACAAGAGCGUCUCUCUUCAUCUCCCUCUCAGUUCCUCUGCUGCUCUCCAUCCUGCCCGCCCUCUUGUCUCUCUUUGUCCUCUCAUAGCAGCUUUAAUGAAUCUCAGUGUGGUUUAGCUGAAUGCAGCAGUUUCAGACAGCAUCACUGGGAAAACUGUAUCAUACUUAUUUUCAUCUUAAAAAAUGUAAAAGUUAUCCACUUUGCUGUUUUAUUAACUGUACAGAGAACUGUUGAAGUACAGCUGGAAUGUUUGAGUUUACUGAUGUUUGUAAAGUCACAAAAAUAGAAAACAAACAAACAAAAAACCCUAAAAAAACCUGAUUUUAAAUUGAUUAGCUCAAAUAUUAAAUGACAAACCCUCACAGCACCUGCUUUUAAUGAAGGAACCUGAUCACACACAAACCUCAGGAACAAUGGCUGCUGUCACUGUGAAGUUUAUGAGCACAAAUGUAACACAACUAAAGCAGGUUUAUCAACUUUAUUUCCUCUUUUUAAAACCUUCAUUAAUUCCUUUGACUUUUAAUGCUUUAAAAUGUUUGAUCCAGGUGCCACUACCUGAACUGCUGUUUAACACAGAGGAGGAAUGUUUACAGUUAUUAUCAUUCACACUCUUUUAAAAUGAUCAGGGGCUUAUGAGAAACACUUUUGAUUUCCUGCUGUUUGUUUGGCAUCUUAACAUCUACACAGUCUGGUUUUAUAUCUGUCCUGUUGCAUUAUGUUAAAUAAAUCAUAUUUU